ACACUUUUUAAUACAUUUUACUCGAUGAAGAGUAUAUUUAUAAUUUUAUUUCAAUUUGAUCCGUUAUUCAAACUCUACUAUGGACUGUGUAUUUGAAAAACAUAGUUUUACUAUCAUGUUCCUUGUUGAUUGUUGCUGUGAAGUUGUCUUGUUGAUGUGAAGAGGCUUAGCUGUCCUACUUCUCCUGAGUAACCUGCUACCUGAUAGAUGAAGUGCCAAGGUGCCAUAGUGCAUCUUAUCUUACAGACUUACAGAGAGAUUUAAGAAGUUUUAACAGUGUGCUUUGGAAGGGUAAUUUACUCCAACAAAGUCUUAAUAAUAAUAAAAAGACGCAUUAAGGAACUGAUACUGGAUAGGUUCGAGAGGUUUGGUGGUUACACAUGGACUUUUACAAAUAUUUUUGCCACAAUGUCGAGCCAGUGUUUUGACUUGAUUCUGUGUCCGUUUAGUCAUGACAACAGUAUCCUAACUCGUUUGUAAACGUUUUUAAGACCUGCUGUUACAAACAAGUAAUGGAUAAGGAAAAUUAAGUUGGUAGGCUUGCAUCUACAGUACAGUAGGGGGGGGGGAACAAAAAUCUUGAUUCUAUGGAAUCCAUUUGAGAGAGAAACAUUUUCUGAAAACUGCAUUUGUGCUAUAGUGAAAAUGGCUCAAGUGUUCUAAAGCAACAACAGAUACGCUGAAAUCAAAGACUUUCAUUGUGUAUAUUAUGUUUGUAUGUUCAGUAUGUUCAGAGUUCCGGCGCCGACAGAGAUGGCUGCCUCGCUUCGCGUUCCUAGAAUGUAUUUCUAAAACAGAUUAUAAACUGUUUGGAUCUAGUUAGGGCGACAACUUCAAGAGGUGAAAAUGUGAUGCGCUAAGCAAGCAUUUAUGUUCCUUUUCACAUUUCACAACAACGGUCUAGUCAAUUCGCAUUAACUGUAGUAACAUUUAGAAUAUGUACAAGUAUUUACAAAUCAUGUGAUCUAUUUUAGCACUGGACUUUAACCACAAAUCCAUCCCCUGGCCCUCUCUGCAAGGCCACUCUAAUCUAAGCGUCAGUUUCCUGUUUAAAUCAGUAAACACUGUGCUAUCUGAGUCAGGCUACCAGCAAACAGUGUGCAGUGAUAAAGAGCCAAGCUGGGAAGACGUACUAGAGGUUUAGAGAAAGAGAGAUAUUUAUUGUGUGCUUACAGCCUUCCGUCCAAAUGUUGAGUGAAUCAAGGGUCAUGUGUUUAUCCCACCCUUACCCUCCUCCUCCAGUACGCUUCCCUUGGGGAUGUACAUGCUCAGGCCCUUGUCCGACAGUGACAACUGGGCCACACUAGAAGAUCCAUGGCCACAUGUAUACACUCCAAUAAAUUGUCCCCAUCACUCAUUACGAUGAGGGAAAUGAAGGAAUGCGCAGCCACAUCCACUGUAGUGUAUGUGUUCCCUCCGUUAUCAUGCUCUCUCACUCUCUUGGAGGUAGAGUACAGUGUAAGGGGGUAGCAAGCUUUGUGAAGACAUGACUAAUGCAACAGUACACGUGACAGGGGAAUAUGACAACAGAAGCCUCUCCUGGGAUUUGUUAAGGUAAUUGUACAAUGACAAAGAAAUUCAAACAAAUGUAAUAAUGACAUUAGUGUAUUUGGGAUUUCUUUCAAUCGGGGACCUUAGCUAGUCAGUUGUGCCUAGGUAGCAGAUGGAGUGAGAUUAGUUGGAUCCAAAGACGACAUAAUGUUAAUUUGAGGUUGCUUUGUUUGCUUCAAAGGUAGCAGAGCACCACUCUGGAAAUGUGAAGUGUUUGAAGACUAUGUUGUUCCAAACAAUAUGUCCAAAAAAUUGGCUAAAUCGAGAAGGGUGCUUUGAGAUAUUCAUAUUAAUAUUUUUUAAUGAUGAAUAAAUCAAUGUGAUUUAGACAUACUCCAUAUUUUAGAGCACACUAUAAAGAGGAUAAUGACACCAAGAUGUUGUCUGUAUCAUCUGCGGUUCAGGGAUCAUACUGUCUUACAAGAGGCAUGCAUUGGUCUUAAAAGGGUUUUAAAUACUUUUGGGCCUUCCUGGCUUGGAAUCGCCAAUUAGAGAUGAACAGAGGACUGCAUGCCCGAUCAUGAUUUAGUGAAACAUAACUAAAUAGUCACCAUAACUAUUAUCACUGUUAAUACUCAAUGUUAUGCAUGUGUGCAUACUGCAAAUGCAUCCUACCUACGGUGUACCUUCUCCUUUGCACUGCUUGCUCAUCACAGACGCUCAGCACGUGGGGUAGAUAAUUGAAUGAAAUGCUGCUCGUUGGUCGGCUUGGUUCACAGACAGGCCAGUGUAAUUUGACAGUUGAGGAAUGGGGUCAGGGUGGGAAGGACACCAUUCGCUUGCUAGAAUCAUGCUACAUGUCAAACCCCAUCAGGGAGAGGUUAGGGCAAAUCUAGGGUCUUCUCUCUUUCGUCAGGGCUCGACAUGACCCAGUCAACUUUGGAGGGGGGGGGAGUUUCCCAAACUCAAAACAUGACUAGUGUCAAAUAUUAACUGCAACACAAACAGAGCAAACAGAAUCCGAGUAAACACUCCCUGGGGGCCGCAAAGAUGAGCUUUCACAUACACUCUUACAACACACACUCUUACAACACACACACAUACACAUGUACACACAUAUCCACGUACAUUUACUCUCAGACACAUACACAACACACUCAGUCAUUCACAUGAACACAUACACACUAUUGUGUUCACAUGCACACUCGUACAACAAGCAUGCAAACGGCCGUGCAUAUGCACACCCACACACACACUACUUACCCAGGAAGAGUAACUACAGCAUACUAAUAGUAUAUAGUGUAGAUGGGGAAGAGUAUUAAAGGUAUCAAGAUGUUUAUGGAAAAAAUAAUAAAUAUUGUAAAGAUUGACCACUGGUCAUGUCCAGUUAUGUUGGUACAGAGACAAGAUUGGGGUGAGUUGCCAGCUCCAGCUAACUCAUUGAUCCCACUCUGUGAACUCCUGGUCCGUGGUGGGGUGGGAUCCAUCCACCCAUGCCAAACCUAAGCUCCCCCACCAGGGACAGGCCCCCAUAUGACAGGACCUCUCUCUUUUCUCUGAACUCCAAGCCAGGACAGCUGUUUGGACUUGAGUUCAAUCUCUCUCUUCUUCUCACACUCUCCUCUCUGUCCCUCGUCUCCCCCUGAUGCCUCCCAAAGGAGCAGAGAUCCAUCGCACUGCCACAGACUUAAGCUGCACGCCUUCACUGUGGACAACAGUAACCUUUAGGUUUGCAUCUCAGAGCGCAGCUUAAAAUAGGCAAUGAUAUCACAGCUAGGAGACUGAGGAGACCUGUCGUCAAGCAUUGAUAUAAAGAAACGUUUGGAGAGUUGCAGAUUCCUCAGGUGUGUGGUUCCCCGUAUGUGUGUUGAUACAUUAAGCGGGUGUUCCCAGAGACUGACUGUGGAUCAGCUGUCCAGAUGAGAGAGUGGAGUGAGUCGGAGAUGACCAUGUCUGCCGGUGGUUACCUCUCUGCCUCAGAUGGAUAUGGCAUCACCGAGCCUCUGCAGUACUACGAUGUGCUGGGGGACCCUUUGGGCUACCCUUUCCAGGAGCCAGACCUACAGGGCCUAGCCUUCAGCCAGCAGCAGUACAGCCCCAUCAAUGUGCAGUUCUCUGUCUACGGACCGCCGAACUCCCAGCACUUCCACCCACCUUCCACCCACCCCUACAGCCCCCACUGCCAGGACACUCCCUGCGAGCCCAGCCCGGAGCCCCAGUGUGGAAGCCUGGGGAAGGGGCGAGGUGGGGGAGGUUUGUCCCUGGUCAAGAGGACCAGGCUGGGUCCAGGAGGAAGGGUGAGGGGCCAGGAUGAGCUGUGUGUGGUGUGUGGGGACAAAGCCUCUGGCUACCACUAUAACGCCCUCACCUGUGAAGGCUGCAAAGGUUUCUUCCGAAGGAGUGUGACGAAGAAAGCAGUGUACCGGUGUAAAAGUGGCGGAGGCUGUGAGAUGGACAUGUACAUGCGGAGAAAGUGCCAAGACUGCCGCCUGCAGAAAUGUCGUGCUGUGGGCAUGCUGGCUGAAUGUCUGCUGACGGAGGUGCAGUGCCAGUCCAAGAGGCUGAGGAAGGGGACCAAACACAGAGGAGGAGGGCCUGAGGAGGAGGAGAACAUGGGGAGCAGGAGAGUCAGCUCCACCAGCAGGCUAUCAGGACAGGUAGUGUCUGAAAAUUUGUCAGUAGAACAGAAGCAUGUGCUGGACAGGAUGGUGGAGGCUCAUCGGCAGUACAGUGCGCAGGACACUACACACUGUAGGGUGUUUGAGUGGACUUGUACAGAGGUUGGUGGAGACAGACUAACAGACAUGGCAUGCCCUCCCCCUCAGAGGCUGCUGCAGUUCGCCAAGAGUGUACCUGGCUUUGAGCUCCUGGACUGCUUGGACCAGACCACCCUCCUCUCUAGUUCAUCUGUGGAAGUCAUGUUUCUGCUAUCAGCUCAGCAGUUCACCCAGAACCCAGCAGCCUCUAGCCCAGCACUACAACCUUUCAACAUCUCAACUCAUCAUUGGCUGAAAACCUUAGAGUCCAAGGAAAACAUUCAUAGUGGGACCGGCCCUGUAAACUCAGGAGUCAAUGAGGACUUGCUAGGACCGGUGCUCAACUUCUUCCACAGCAUGGCUGCAUUGGGGGUGACGGAGGCUGAAUAUGCCCUGCUCACUGCUACAGCACUGCUAUGCUCAGACGAAGCGUCGCUGCGGGCGGUGGUGUGUGUGGAGAGCUUACAGGAGCUGACCAUGGAGCUGCUGUCCAGGGUGUGCGGAGCCCGGUAUGGAGCCCAGGGCCCUCAGGGAGCCCAGCGCUUCGCUCGCCUGCUGGGGAGACUCACAGAGCUGCGCACGCUACGACACAACCACCUCACCCUGCUCCGACAGCAGCUCUGGGACAGUCAGCCUUGAGACAGACACUGAGUACGAAGAACAGAGAUAGAACAGAGAGACAGAGACACAAACCAAUGGUUUAAAUAAUCUACAUUUUGCUUAUUGUUCAAUGAUUCAUCAAGUUUGUACCAAACAAUUUAAGGUAACACUAUGUUAUGUUUCUAAUGAAAAAUACCAAUACCAUUCUUCUAAGUGAUUGGUUUCUACUGUAAAGUUUGAAUCACCGACCGGUGUUAAACCAAAGUGAGUUUUAUUAUAUGGAGAGCACAGAUUAAGGUAUUAAAAAAGUAUUUUAUCAUA